AUCAAAACAUGGGGAUUUUCCACCAUGCUUCAUUUUUGCAAUUGGGACACUUCAUUGCACAAUAUAUAAUUAAUUAUGUGUAUAUAUAUAUAUAUAUAUAUUUUUUUUUUUUUUUUCAUUGUCAAAAGAAAGUUUUUGCACCUUCACGUUCCUGUUGCACCUUCACGUUUCUGUUUUCUGGCAAAUAGAAAGCUUUAUUGUUGGCUAUAUAAGCUUCUGGGUACAUAUAUAUAUAUAUUUAUAUAUAUAUUCUGUGUUAAAAGAUUGAUAUACCUUGCUGAAAUUUGAAAACGGUUUUGGUAUAUUUCAUUGCUGAUGGGGAGUAAACAUUCGAAAAUUUUGAGUCGGAGACAGUUUUCAGACUAUGGAUCAGCUUCUUCUUCAUGGGAUCAAUAUGGAUAUCCUCAAUCACCUUACCCUCAACAAAGCCCCUAUUACAGUUCCACUCCUCAACAUCAAUAUGCACCUUCACCAUCUUUUGGUAUUGGGAAUCCACAGAAGAAUUUGGACAGGAGAUACUCAAGGAUAGCUGAUAAUUACCGUUCUUUGGAUGAGGUUACAUCUGCUCUUGCACAAGCUGGCCUUGAGUCUUCUAAUUUGAUUGUUGGUGUUGAUUUCACAAAGAGCAACGAGUGGACAGGUUCCAGGUCAUUUAAACGAAGAAGUUUACACCAUAUAGGAAAUGUUCAAAACCCUUACGAGCAAGCAAUAUCGAUAAUUGGUAGAACAUUAUCUACUUUUGAUGAGGACAACUUAAUUCCUUGCUUUGGAUUUGGAGAUGCAUCAACACAUGACCAAGAUGUCUUCAGCUUCUAUCCAGAUGAGAGAUUCUGUAAUGGAUUUGAGGAAGUUCUUACACGAUACAGAGGAAUUGUUCCUAACCUUAAACUAUCAGGACCUACGUCUUUUGCACCUAUUAUUGAGAUGGCUAUGACGAUUGUUGAGCAGAGCGGUGGCCAAUAUCAUGUUUUGCUGAUAAUUGCAGAUGGGCAGGUUACAAGAAGUGUUGAUACACAGCAAGGCCAUCUCAGCCCACAAGAACAGAAAACAAUUGAUGCAAUUGUAAAAGCAAGUGAGUACCCUCUGUCUAUAAUUUUAGUUGGGGUAGGAGAUGGACCUUUCGAUACCAUGAAGGAAUUCGAUGACAAUAUCCCUGAGCGAGCGUUUGACAAUUUCCAAUUUGUGAAUUUUACGGAGAUCAUGUCAAAGAAUGUGGAUCCAUUUAGAAAGGAAACAGAAUUUUCUCUUGCAGCUUUGAUGGAAAUACCUUCUCAAUAUAAAGCAACCAUAGAGCUUGGUCUAUUGGGCAGUCGACAGACGGGGAAUGCACCAGAUAGAAUUCCUCUUCCCCCACCAAUUUAUGAUAUAGUUCCUUCACAUAGCUCCACAAGACCUUACCACUCAACCAGUUUUCAGCAGAGUGCACCUCCUUAUACUGCAUAUGAUCCUGGAGUCAGGACAAGUCCGUCGACAAGCUCUUUUUAUGAUAACCAGGUUUGCCCUAUUUGUCUGACCAAUCCAAAAGACUUGGCCUUUGGUUGUGGGCAUCAGACAUGUUUUGAUUGUGGAGAAGCACUUGAAUUAUGCCCCAUAUGCAGGAGCUCAAUCCAUACUAGAAUAAAGCUAUACUAAUAAACUUUCUGCGCAUCUUUGAUAACUGAGAUUGAUCUCUUCACUUAAUACUGCUAGUAUAUUUGCUUGGUGAAAGCCGCAUCAUAUGUUCACUUUAUCAGGUCACAUAAAGGGAUGGUCUAUCUCGGUGGAUGCGCUUCUUGAUCCAAGACAAUUAUACACACAGUGAUUUUUUCAAAUGAAUUCUUAGUGAACAUGGAUGUGGAAGGCCUUAAACGGAGCAACAUACAUGGUGCUUUUGCUGACAGAACCAUAUUAGAUUUGAUUGUUUAUAUAGUUUUGAUUGUUGAUAUUCAUUUUUAUUCAAUUUUGUUUGACACUUUUAUUUAUUUGUAUAUAUUCAAAUUUUUUA